UUUGAUGUUAUGUUGGAUAGAUUAUUCGGUGGUAGCUUCGUUUCCAAAUGGUGCUGUCCUGUUUAGGUCAAAGAAAAAGAAGAAGAAGACAACACCAAUGUACAAAAACGGAAACUAAUACACAACAAGAACCGACACAGAAAAUGGCUUCUUCCUAUUGUUGUAAGAUGUCGCCAAUCAUUCCCGUUUUUGUAUUCUUCCUUCUUGUUUCUUCUUCGUUUUGUUCCGGCGAUCUCCAUGCAAGAAAUCAAACUUUCCGGCCGGGAGAAAAGUUAAAAAGUUUGAAGAUAAUAAGGGAACGUCUCGACAAGAUCAACAAGGCGGCGGUCAAGACAAUUCAGAGUCCAGAUGGUGAUAUCAUAGAUUGUGUUUUACUGCGUCAUCAACCUGCUUUUGAUCAUCCACGAUUAAAAGGAAAAAAACCCUUGGAUCCACCGGAGAGACCGAGUGGGGUUAACACAAAUGAGAUGGGAGGUGAAGAUUUUCAACUGUGGAGCAUGUCGGGGGAGACAUGUCCGGCAGGGACAAUUCCGAUCAGAAGAACAACAGAAGCAGACAUUCUGAGGGCUAGUUCUGUUAGAAGAUUCGGAAGAAAAGGACCAAGAAGACGUGUUCGAAGAGACUCCACUAGCAAUGGCCAUGAGCAUGCAGUUGGGUAUGUGAGCGGGGAUCAAUAUUAUGGAGCAAAAGCAAGCAUAAAUGUGUGGGCACCCCGUGUCUCAAAUCAAUAUGAAUUUAGCUUAUCACAAAUUUGGGUCAUCUCCGGUUCAUUCGGCGACGAUCUCAACACCGUUGAAGCCGGCUGGCAGGUCAGCCCAGAGCUAUAUGGGGACAACUAUCCCAGAUUCUUUACUUAUUGGACCACGGACGCAUACCGAGCGACUGGGUGCUAUAAUUUGCUAUGCUCAGGUUUUGUUCAAACGAAUAAUAGAAUAGCAGUUGGAGCUGCUAUCUCACCCACAUCAGCAUAUAAUGGAGGACAAUUUGAUAUCAGCCUCAUGAUUUGGAAGGAUCCAAAGCGUGGGAAUUGGUGGCUCGAAUUCGGGUCGGGUAUCCUAGUAGGAUACUGGCCAUCGUUUUUAUUCACUCACCUUCGGGAUCAUGCCAGCAUGGUUCAAUUCGGCGGCGAAAUCGUGAAUUCGAGGGCAGGGGGGUUCCACACAGCGACCGAGAUGGGCAGCGGUCAUUUCGCCGGCCAAGGGUUCCGAAAAGCCUCGUAUUUUCGGAACCUGCAAGUCGUCGAUUGGGACAACAACUUAAUCCCAUUGUCGAAUCUUCGAGUGCUUGCGGAUCAUUCGAACUGCUAUGAUAUUCAAGGAGGAGUUAAUAGAGUUUGGGGCAAUUAUUUUUACUAUGGGGGACCUGGAAGAAAUGUUAAAUGCCCUUAAAGAUAAGGGUACAAUUUCUAAACUUUUCUUUUCUUACAUAGUUUUUACCCUUUAAUAAUUGUUAGAUAAUAAUGUGCCUUUGGGUGGGUAUUCUU